AUGAUGUUUAACCGGUUUCUUCCAUCUUGCUGUAAGAAUUAUGUAUGUGACUGUUGUCUAACUACCGAUGAAAUUAUUAAUAAAGGUGUUAAUGAACAACUUAAACAAUGGCGUCGAGAAAAUUUACAUGAGAGAAAAUUACUCCUCUUAGGAAACGCUGAAGCUGGAAAAUCAACAUUUCUCAAACAAAUGAAAUUAAUUCAUGGUCAAGGUUUUAAAGCAGAUGAAAAACGUCGACUUAUUCCAUUCAUCUAUCGACAAAUAGUUAAUGUUGUACGAUGUAUUUGUCGAGCAAUGCAUAUUCUUCAAAUUAAAUUUGAAAAUGAACGAAAUGAAGAAUAUGCUCGUUUAUUGAGUUCACCGAAUGAUGAUGAUGAUGAUGAUAGUAUAUCAACAUUAUCACCUCGAAUGGCUGAAGCUAUUCGAUAUGUUUGGUCCGAUGAGGGUGUUAAAACAUGUUAUCGUCGACGACGAGAAUAUCGAUUGCCUGAUUCGGCAAAAUAUUUUUUAGAUGAUAUAGAUCGAAUAUCUGCCCAAAAUUUCACACCAACUGAUGAUGAUAUAUUACGAGUACGUAUUCCAACAACAGGUAUUGUUCAAGAAGAUUUUCAAUUUUCUCAUGUUCGACUUCGAAUUGUCGAUGUGGGUGGACAAAAGACAGAACGUCGAAAAUGGAUUCAUUGUUUUGAUAAUUUAAUGGAAGAAAGUUUAGGGAUAUUUCGUGUUAUUUUAGCAUCAGAUUAUUUUUUCAAUGCGUCUAUUAUUCUUUUUCUUAACAAAACUGAUCUAUUUCCAGAACGCCUUGCUGGAAAACCUAUUCGAUACGUCUAUCCUGAAUUUGAUGGUGCUGACGAUGAUGUCGAAGCUGCUCGAGAAUUCAUUAAGAAUAAAUAUUUAAGUUCAGUACCGAGAAGUGAACGAUACACAGAGAAAAAUAUCUAUCCUCAUUUUACAUGCUCCGUUGAUAGCAAAAAUAUUCGAAUUGUUUUUGAAUCAGUCAAAGAUACGGUUCUUGCACAUAAUCUCUACUAUUGGACACCAUACUAA